AUGACUACCAUGGAAAAUGAUAUCAAGGAGGCGCCCAACUUUUCCGAUGACUCCUAUCCAGUGAAUACACUAAAGGCAGAAGUACAAGACCAGAAUGAGGUUUUCAAAAGAGGCGAUGGUCAAGUUGACUUUCGAACCGACAGCUGGAUUCGGGCAAGUGUGAUCUUCCUUAAGAAACCGCUAACAUGGCUUCUUUCCGAUCCAGUUAUCUUCGCUACUGGCGUACUCUCCAUUCCAUCAUUAAUGUAUGAUCUGGGAGCUCUACCAGGUUCUCUCAAUGUUAUAGGCUGGACUCUUCUCAAUACCUACUGUGCUAUCUUGCAGGGGAACUUCCGUAAUGCCUACCCAAGCUGCCAUUCUAUCGCCGAUAUGGCACAGGUUGUUGGUGGACCAAUUCUCAAGGAAGUGGUUGGAUUUUUAUUCACAAUUGGCUAUGUUAUCGUCGCUGCGUCUGGGAUAAUUGGUGUCUCGACCGCGCUUAAUGCGCUUUCUUUGUAUGCUAUCUGUACAGUCUGGUUUUCCUUCAUUGCUACGAUGGUCAUUGCAGCCUGUGCAAGUGUCCGGAAGUUUUCCCAUAUUGGCUGGCUUACCUGGGUCGGAUUCGCCAGCGUGUAUAUUGCUGUCUUUAUCAUUGUCAUCGGAGUCACUACAAGGGAUCGACCGGCUGCUGCACCUCAGACAGGAGACUUUGAUCUAGGAUACAAUGUUAUCGGUAGUCCCAGCUUUACUACCGGGAUUACUGCUGCAGCGACCAUCUUCGUAUCGAGUUCUGCUACAUCUGCAUUCCUGCCAGUGAUCUCAGAGAUGCGCAAACCAAAGGAUUAUCCGAAGGCUGUCUACCUCAGCAUGAGUCUGGUGACCGCAUCCUACCUGACAUUUAGUCUAGUCAUCUAUGCCUGGUGUGGCAAAUGGAUCGCGUCGCCUUCCCUCGGUAGUGCUGGUCCCACUGUCAAACGGGUCGCAUACGGGAUUGCCCUCCCCGGGCUCAUUAUCAGUGGAUGUCUAUACGUCCAUGUCGCAGCGAAGUAUCUAUUCGUGCGAAUUUUGCGCACUUCGAGACAUUUGCAGGCAAACACAGCAGUUCACUGGGGCACCUGGCUAAGCUGUACAAUUGGCGUGGCUGCCAUCUCUUUCAUUCUUGCGUGUGCGAUACCCAUUUUCACGUAUGUGCUUGCUCUUGUUGGCGCUUUGUGUUUUGCCCCAUUGGCGAUUAGCCUCCCUGGAUGGCUAUGGCUAUACACUCAUGCCGACUACUGGAAAGGCAGUCUCUUGCGCAAGCUGAUUUAUGGGUUUCAUGUGUUCUUGCUCUUUCUAGGGGCGUUUAUCGCGGUUGGUGGCACCUAUGGGGUUGUUGUACAGAUCAAUGAGGCAUAUCGUGAUGGACAAAUUCCGUCGGCCUUUUCAUGUACUGACAAUAGUGGGUCGAGUUAA